CGUUGAGUGCAUCACUUAUAAGCAGAUCGUUACCUGUUUUAACUGUUGAUCAACACAUCCAUUUUUACUCAAAUGGAUAUCACCACCAAUACUAUCGAUGAUACCAAUCAUGUACUCAAUAAUGAUUGCGAUAAACAAGAGAUUCAGAUAAUGGACUCUAAGGUUGUUGACGACGAACCGGUGCUUAAAAAGAGUGACAUUGAGCUCAAUGUUAUCGACAAACAAAUUGAUUCACUAAACAUUGAACCGACAUCUCAUAUCAAAUCUAAUGAAAACGGUAUAAUUGAUGGAGAGGUAACUAAUGGUCAUAAACCUCAAGAAGGAACAAUUAAUGAAGAGGAGGACACAACAACUGAUCAGUCAAAUGUCGAUCAAACAGUUCCGCAAACUCCUAAAGCAACGAGAAAAAGACGAAGUGUUGCUGAACUGACUAAUACACCGACAGAUAACACGAAUAACAACAACAAUGAGAGCGAACAGAACUCAGAACAUAGACUCACAAGAAGUCGUUACGGAAGACUUCAAAAGGCAAAGACACCGAACCCUGAAAUGAUUACUUUUGAAGUCAAGAGGAGAUCAUCUCUAAAGAAUAGUAGUGAUACUCCUGUUGUUAGUUCACCGGUUAAAGCGGAUGAUAAUAGAAGAAGAAGUAAAAGAAAUGAAGAGAAAGACAGUAAAUCAAGUGAAUUGACUUCUGAAGAAUCAACUUUAAGAAAGUCUAAGAGAAGAAUAUCAGUGUCACCGCGAGAAAGUCCAAGAAAGAAAAAGUCAAAUAAAUUGGAUUCAGUUAUCGAUCAAAUAAAAGGCAAACCAAACGAUAAUAAUACGAAAACUUUGACACCUUCUCAGACAUCUGUAAAGAAACAAACAAAUAAUACAAAUAAACAACUGAUAAAUCAAAAGAAAUGUAUUGAAUUGACUGGUGAUUCUUCCGCAACAAUUGUCAACCGAUCGGUUCUGCUAACAAUUCCUCAACAAGAAGGGGAUUAUUGUGUUGGAGAUCUUAUUUGGGCGAAAGUGUCGGGAUAUCCGUGGUGGCCGUGUAUGAUAUCUCUGGAUCCAAUUUAUGCUUUAUAUUCAAAAAUUUCUGGAGCUGGUAUUAAAUCAGGACGAAUAUAUCACGUCCAAUAUUUUGGUCCACAAGCACUUAGAGGAUGGACUUCUAUUGGACAAGUGAUGCCUUUUGAAGGAAGAGAUUCAUAUUUACUAAAAUUAGAAACUUUGAAAGAAAGUUCACCAAAAGCACAGUCAGCUAAAAUUGCUGCCAAAUAUGCAAUUAAACCAAGUCUUAAAAAACAAUGGGAUCAAUCAGUUGAUGAGGCCGAAGAAGCAGCCAAAAUGGAUAGAGAUAGUAGAGUAAGAAGUCUUACUUUCGAUUAUAUUCUUACUUCUAAAACAAAUUUGAGACGAAAAUCAGAUGGUUUGAGUGAUGGAGAGUUCAAUUUGAAACGGAAAAAACAUAAUUCGUCUCCAGAAGAUGUAUAUGACUUCGAUGACGACGAGGCGUCAGUCAAUGUCUUACAAACAACUCCUGGACUUAUGUGGAGAAAGAGAGUCCAAAAGGGAGACUUUGCUAUUUAUGUCGAACGACAUUAUAAGUCAAUGGAAACUGAAAAUCCUGACGCAAAUCGAAAAGAAAUCGAAGAUAUGCUUAAAAGAAGAUGGGAUUUACUCGGAGAAGAUCUCAGAGCACUUUAUACCGACCGAAAGUAUACUGCAAUAACCCAUUCAACCGAAAAUAUAACCCAAAAUCAAACCCCUAAAUCUGAAACGACUCCUAAAUCUACUGUUUCAUCAAAAUCUAAAACUAAAGACAAUCGAAAAUUAAAGCAAACUUUAAAUAAAAGUAUUGAAUAUGAAAGUGAUAGCGAAGGAAAUCUAGUGAUUUCUGAAACACCUAUAAAAAGAUCGACAAAAAGCAUUACAAAAUCAGAUGAUAAUAACGUAAAUUGUUUUUCUAAAAAAGAUUUAAAUUCUGUGAAAAGCCAGGAAAUUAAAGGAUCACAAAAAAAGAAGAGUCCGAAAGUUGUUAAGAAGUCACCGACAAAAUUAUCAAAAUCAUCGGUUGAAGAAAAUGGAGUUUUCGAGAAAAGUUGUUCACAGAUUACCGAUCAGUCUCUCGUUCACUUCGGUAUCGAUUAUUUGGAUGAAUUUGCGAGCAGUGAAGACACCAGUUCCACAUCAGAACCUGAAGCUGUCGACGGAGUCAAGAGUGGUUUUGAUAAGUUUUGUGUCAUUUGUAAUGACUCUGAAGGCUCGGACACAUUGAUUGCAUGUCAAGGAAAUUGCUUUCAAAUGUUUCAUAAGAAAUGUAUUAAUUAUGAAGGAAUCGACAAUCAAUAUAAAUGCUCUGAAUGUGAAACAGGAAAACACAAAUGUUAUGUUUGCAAAAGUGAUGAAAUGAAAGAAGAAAAGUGUCCUCAAAAGUGUAAUGAUAUGAAAUGUGGUAAAUAUUAUCACUUAAGUUGUUUGGAAAAGGGAUUUCCCGUUAAAAUGAAUGACACAAAAGAUAGUUUUGUUUGUCCGCUUCAUUUUUGCCUUAAUUGUCACAUUGAAAGUCAAAAUGAUAAACAAUUCCGUCCGAGUCGUCGACGUCUAGUUAAGUGCAUCUCCUGUCCCACUGCUUAUCAUUUGGGAGAUUACUGUAUCGCUGCCGGAACUGUUCAGGUGUCACAAAAUUAUGUCAUAUGUCCCGACCAUUUUGAAAAGAGAAAGAAAGACAGACACGUUAAUGUCAACUAUUGCUUCUCAUGUCUAACUGGUGGACAACUUGUAUGUUGUGAGUCAUGUCCCGCCGCAUUUCAUCAGAAUUGUUUGGACUAUAAUGUGGAUCCCGAUUCCAACUUUUAUUGUACCGAUUGUACCGCUCGAAAACCAUUACAUUAUGGAGACAUAGUUUGGGUUAAACUUGGAUUUUACAGAUGGUGGCCGGGAAAAGUAUGUCAUCCAAAACAAGUGCCCGAUAACGUCAUGAAACUGCCCCAUGGAGUCGGAGAAUUUCCCGUCUAUUUUUUUGGAUCACAUGAUUACUAUUGGGUACAUAGAGGACGGGUUUUCUUGUUUAUGGAAGGAGACAACAAAGUAGUGGCCGCCAAUAGUGGCGGCAAAAAGAGUAGUAAUUCUAUAUUAAAGACAUUUAAAUUAGCCACUGAGGAAGCGGCCGAGAAUUUUAAGAUAUGGCAAGAGUCAAAAAUAGCUUUCAGACAAGCAAUGGUUAUCAAUAAACCUCCGCCAUAUCAACACAUUAGAUCUAAUAAAGGCGUCGGACCUAAAGUCCAAAUUGCAAAUACAGACGAAUCGCAGAUAAGUUUGUGUGAAUGCAAAGUCAAGAAUGACAUCUCUUGUAGUGACGAUACUUGUAUUAAUAGAGCUCUUAUGGUUGAAUGCGAUCCCAAACUAUGCCAUUCUGGAGAUAAAUGCAAAAAUCAAAGAUUUAAGAAACGUGAAUACGCUUUGACUAAACCUUUUAAAACCAUUUUAUCUGCCGGUUGGGGUCUUCGAACACUUGAAGACAUAAAAAAAGGACAGUUUGUCAUCGAAUAUGUCGGAGAACUGAUCGACGAAGACGAGUGUGAACGACGACUUAAAGAGAUGGCUACAAACAAUGAGUCAAAUUUCUACUUCUUGACAAUAGAUAAGGAUAACAUUAUAGACGCCGGUCCUAAAGGCAAUUUGGCUCGUUUUAUGAACCACUCGUGUCAACCAAAUUGUGAGACUCAGAAAUGGAUGGUUAACGGAGCCACACGUGUAGGACUAUUCGCUGUUUGUGACAUUUCUGCCGGAACUGAGCUAACAUUCAACUAUAAUCUUGAUUGUCGCGGAAAUGAAAAAACUAAAUGUGUUUGCGGAUCGGCUAACUGUUCCGGAUUUAUUGGAGUGCGGCCUAAGGUUGAAGAAAAUCACAACAAAAAGAAUGCAUCGAAUGGUCAAAACAGUAAAAAGAAAAAGAAGAAAAACGAGACCUCAAAGAAAGAUUUUAGUCGAAUGCAUGACGACGACUGCUUUUCUUGUGGAGAGGGAGGAGAUCUUGUUAUGUGUGAUCGUAAAGGAUGUCCAAAAUCAUAUCACUUGGAAUGUCUUAAAUUGCAAACAAUACCGAAAGGCAAGUGGGAGUGUCCGCGACAUUUUUGCGACACUUGCGGUAAAGCAGCCACUGCUCUCUGCGAGUUCUGUCCAAACUCUUUAUGCAAAGAGCACGCAAUUCCUUCUAAAUUAACGCAAUUACCCGACGGAGGACUUGUUUGUUCUGAUCAUUCGACCGAUGAUAUCGAUGGAUGUAUUAUUAAGCAAAAAACGGACGAUAUUGAAAUGAUGAGGAAUGAGUCCAUUAGUGACAUUCAUGAAGACAACAAUACUGAAGUCAAGUUAGAGUUAUCUAACUCUUUGUUAGAAAACAUCGAUUCAUUAACUAAGAGUGAAAACUAGAAACAAAUCAUUGAAUGAUUUGUAAAGAAUAACCAUUUAUUUGAUUAAAUUAAUAUUUCAUCUAUUAUUACAUCUAUUAUUAUAUUAUAUUCAUUUAUU